AUGCUGUCAGCGAGACCAGUUUUUCGAUUUGUUUCACAGAUCACAGCGAUACGAAGGAGUGACAUUCGCUUUGCUAGUACACUGGUAAUUGCUGAACAUGACGACACUAAGUUGAAUUCGAUUACUUUAAAUACCAUAACGGCUGCAUCUAAACUUGGUGAUGUUUCGGUGCUUGUGGCUGGUGCGAACGCUAAAAAAAUUGCUGAACAGGUGACUAAAGUAGAACAUGUAAAGCGGGUACUCGUUGCUCAAGAUGAAAAGCUUAAAGCACAGUUGCCAGAACUUUUAACAAAUGUCGUUUUGGCGUCACAAAAUCAGUUCAAAUUUAACGCAAUCGUCGCGGGUGCGAGUGCGUUUGGUCGUAGUCUUAUUCCGAGAGUGGCUGCGAAAUUGGACGUUUCACCGUUAAGCGAUGUUAUUGAGAUUCAUUCGGAGGAUACUUUCUCGAGGCCGAUGUAUGCGGGCAAUGCGAUCAGCAAGGUAAAAAGCACUGCACCGAUCAAAAUGAUCACUUUUCGAAGUACAGCCUUUCCACCGGCGAAACUGGAGGGAGGAAGCGGUGCUGCUGAAGAUGGCAUUUCGUCGUCAUAUCAUAUUCUCACACCAUCGUCGGAUUUAUCUUUUGAUAAAGUGAAAUUCGUGGGACAAGAACUGACAAAGUCAUCACGUCCUGAAUUGAACUCUGCGAAGGUAGUGGUGUCGGGCGGUCGGGGUGUAGGAUCUGCAGAGAAUUUCAAAAUAAUUUACGAUCUUGCCGAUAAACUAAAUGCUGGUGUUGGUGCGUCACGUGCUGCCGUCGAUGCUGGUUAUGUGCCGAACGAUAUGCAAGUUGGACAAACUGGAAAAAUAGUUGCACCAGAGUUGUAUAUUGCGAUCGGAAUAAGCGGUGCUAUUCAACACAUUGCUGGAAUGAAAGAUAGUAAAGUGAUUGUUGCGAUUAAUAAAGAUGCUGAUGCGCCGAUAUUUCAGGUUGUUUUUAUCAGUCAUCCUUUAUUAUUGAAAUGA